UCAAAACUUAUCAGUUUGAUGAAAAAAAGUAAUAACUCAAAAUCUGGCGCUUCCGCUCGACAACCGGAUGAGGCUCGAAGUUGUUUAGAUAUAAUAAUUUACAUUUUGUCUUAGAUUUAUUCCGUUCAUCGUUUCUGAGACGCACCGCUGCUCAACAGCUCUACUACACCGCACUCGUCCGAUGGCUCCGGCUGCUUGACUCGUAGACUAACAACCUGUGCUGCCCUAAAAGGAAUUCUUCGUCGUGUUCUCUCCGGCAUUCGUCGACUAUCGUAUUAAAUACUCGCACGCAUAUUACUUCCUCGACGGUUCGAACUACAGAAGAUAUAAAUUUCUACGAUGACCACGACAUUAAAACCUUAUCUUUCGGUUGUUAAGCAUUCUUUAGAUGCUGCCAUAUGCAUAACCCAAUUUUACUCGCAAGUAGUAGAACGACAUAGUAAACCAGAAAUAGAAAUGCAAACCAACAGAGAAUUAAUAUUAACACCAAUGUUAAUCAGCCGUAAUGAACGGGAACGUGUUUUUAUUGAAAGUUCUAUAAAUUCAAUACGUGUUAGUAUAGCAAUUAAACAAUGUGACGAGAUUGAGCGAUUACUAUGUGACAAAUUCACACGGUUCAUGAUGAAAAGAGCUGAAAAUUUUUUCAUACUAAGAAGAAAACCAAUUCCUGGUUAUGACAUAACUUUCCUAAUCACUAAUAUGCAUGUGGAACAAAUGUACAGAAACAAACUUAUUGAUUUCAUUAUUCGAUUUAUGGAAGAAAUUGACAAAGAGAUCAGUGAAAUGAAGUUGGCUAUUAAUGCUAGAGCGAGAAUUUGUUCUGAAGAGUUUCUCAAACAUUUUUAAAAACGAAAAACAUGUAACUAUCCAGUGUGCAUUAUUUUAUUUUUUUUUUCUACUGUAAUAA